AUGUUCAAGUGGCCAAUCCAGCGUUGUCGCCAACUUCACCCCGCCAGUCUAGUCGAAGAACCCCAAGCCUGGCUGGCCACAUUCGCGUUUGUACAUUCCAGCCCGUCUCAACCGAUCUGUCUCCCCCUCCGCCAGCAUCACAUCAUCUCCUCGAUCUCGCAGCCAUUGCGCUUUCAACGCCCGUUGACCACGGUCCAGUCUGACCAUCUAAGAAUCGCACUCUACGACCAACCAACGAAAUACCGUCGCACGGCCGUCCCUUCGACAUGUCAGUCCCCUCCUUGUUCAUCAACCUCUACUCCAACAUUGCUUGUAUCGGUUCCAGUGAAAUGCCCAAAAACGCUUAGCAAGAGACCCUGA